AUGAUACGCAGCCUUGGAGAUGCUACUCCUAAAAUCCACCCCACGGCAUUUAUCAGCGAAUUCGCCUAUGUCAUUGGCGAUGUCGAAAUCGGAGAAGGCUCCAGCGUCUGGCCCGGCGCAGUCGUUCGCGCCGACAUGGGCAAGAUUGUCAUUGGGAAGCACACGAACAUACAGGACAACUCCGCGGUGCACGGCGACGCUGAUGUGGAAAUCGGUGACUACGUGACCAUCGGCCACAAGGUGCUCUGCCAUGCGAAGAACGUCGGCAACCGCGCUGUCAUCGGCAACGGCGCGACCCUCAACGACGGCGUGGAGAUAGGGGAGUACAGCCUCAUAGCGUCCGGCACAAUGCUCGUGGACGACGUCAAGAUACCGCCGCGUUCCCUCGUCGUAGGCUCGCCCGGCAAAGUUCUGCGCGAAGUCGGCGAGCGUCAUCUCGCCAAGAUGAAAUGGUAUUGCGACGUCUAUAUGGAAAAGACGGAAAAGUACAAGGCGCAGGGAAACCUGGAGUAA